UCCCAGAAGCGGAUCGGGGCAGCCGGGGGCUUCCCAGGGCGGGCGGAGAACCCGGUGCCGGACCCGCCUCUCUCCGCCUCCGCCCCCCCAGUUCGCGGCCCCUCGCCCGAGCCGGGGAGUUGCGGGCGGCGCGUUUCCACCGGGCGGCUGCGGAGCGGGGCAAAGAAUUGCCCCCGGCGCCUGGGAUCCGCUAGCCCCGGAGCAGCCGCAUCCAGACCCCGGCCCCCACCGAGGAAAGCGGGAGACCCGAAGCGGAGUGGAACUGGAUCGGCAGGACAGGUUCUGCGGUCACUCCGGCGCGGCGCUGAGCGCAGUGACCCGAGCGGCCGCCAGAGGGCGCCCCCGGCGGGGACCGGCCGCAGCGGAGACUAGGAGAUUUAGACACUCGCUGCAGAGCGCUGCAGAGACCGGCCGCAGCCGGGCCUAGGGGAUUUAGACACUCGCUGCUGAGCACGGCAGGGCCCGGCCCGGGCAUGAAGCUGGCCAUGGCCUGGCUCUCCCUGCCCCUGGCGGUGCUGCUGGAUUUCCUCACCCUGCGCCUGGCCCUGCGGCUCUGCCCCCUGCUGCAGCCCUGGGACCCCCUGGCCCUGGCCUGGGGGGUGGCGCUGGCGCGGGGGGCACUGCUGAGCCUGAGCGCCCAGGCUGCCCGCGGCAGGGGGCAGGGGCUGCCUGGGGAGCUGCGGGAGGCGCUGCUGCCCCUGGCCGCCCUGCUCAGCCUGCUGCUGCCCGGCUACGUGACCCUGCAGGCGCUGGCCCAGCCCCGGGCGCCCCCCUCGGAGCUGCUGCACGGCUGGGGGCGAGGGGACGUCUUCGGCCUGACCUACGGCGCGGCGGGGCUGGCGGCCGCGCUCUGGCACCAGCUGUUCCCCGCCGGCAGGGGGGAGCCGGGGCCCUCGGCCUCGCUGGGCCGGCUGCUGGCCUGCGUGAGGCCCGACCUGCUGCGCCUCGUGGCCAUCGCGGGGUUCCUGGUGCUGUCCUCGCUCGGGGAGAUGGCGAUCCCCUACUACACGGGGCGCAUGACCGACUGGAUCGUGAGCGAGGACGACCCCUCGGCCUUCGGCCGGGCCAUCUGGGCCAUGUCCCUCAUCACCGUCGGCAGCGCAGUGACAGAGUUUGUGUCCGACUGUCUCUAUAACGGCACCAUGAACCGGAUCCACAUGCGAAUCCAGAGCCGGGUCUUCAGCUCCGUCCUGCGCCAGGAGAUCGGCUUCUUCCACACCAACCGCACCGGGGACGUCACGUCGCGGGUGACGGCCGACACGGACGCCAUGAGCGAGGCGCUGAGCGAGAAGCUGAACCUGCUGAUGUGGUACGGGAUGCGGGGAGUCUUCCUCUUCGGCCUCAUGCUGCAGGUGUCACUGCGCCUGGCGCUCCUCACCGCCGUGGGGCUGCCCCUCGUCCUGCUGGUGCCCAAGCUCUCUGGGAAAUUCCACCAGAGCCUGGCGCAGCGGGUGCAGGAGUCCCUGGCCAAGGCCAACGAGGUGGCGGUGGAGACCUUCCAGGCCAUGGCCACGGUGCGCAGCUUCGCCAACGAGGAGGGGGCCGCCCGGCGCUACGGGCAGCGGCUGCAGGAGACCUACCGGCUCAACCAGCAGGAGGCAGCCGCCUACGCCGCCUCCAUGUGGACCAACAGCCUGUCGGGGCUGGCGCUGAAGGUGGGGAUCCUGUACUACGGGGGGCGGCUGGUCACCGCCGGGGCCGUCAGCACCGGGGACCUGGUCACCUUCGUCCUCUACGAGAUGCAGUUCACCACGGCCGUGGAGGUGCUGCUCUCCGUCUACCCCAGCGUGCAGAAGGCCGUGGGCUCCUCAGAGAAGAUCUUUGAGUACAUGGAGCGGACGCCCCGGAUCAGCCCGCCCGGGACGCUGGCCCCCCCCAGCCUGCGUGGGCACCUCCAGGUGCAGGACGUCUGGUUCUCCUACCCCGGCCGGGACGACACCCCCGUGCUCAAGGGGGUGUCUCUGGAGCUGCGCCCCGGGGAGGUGACGGCGCUGGUGGGCCCGUCGGGCGCGGGGAAGACGGCGCUGGUGGCCCUGCUGGAGCGUUUCUAUGAGCCCCAGCGCGGGCGCCUGCUGCUGGACGGGCGGGACCUGCGGGAGUACGAGCACCAUUACCUGCACAGCAAGGUGGCGCUGGUGAGCCAGAAGCCGGUGCUGUUCGCCCGCUCGCUGCACGAGAACAUCGCCUACGGGCUGGGGGGGCGCAGCCGCCAGGAGGUGACGGGGGCUGCCCAGCGCGCCAACGCCCACGGCUUCAUCGCCCAGCUCAGCCACGGCUACGACACAGAUGUUGGGGAGAUGGGGGGGCAGAUCUCGGGGGGGCAGAGGCAGGGGGUGGCCAUCGCCCGAGCCCUGCUCCGAGACCCCCGAGUGCUGAUCCUGGAUGAUGCCACCAGCGCCCUGGAUACGAAGAGUCAGCUGCAGGUGGAGAAGGAGAUUUACGAGGGCGCCCGGGCCGGGCGCUCGGUGCUGCUCAUCGCCCAUCGCCUGAGCACCGUGGAGCGAGCCGACCGCAUCCUGGUGCUGGAGGACGGGGAGAUCCGGGAGCAGGGCACCCACCGGGAGCUGCUGGCGCGCCGGGGCAGUUACUGGCGCCUGGCGCAGAAACAGCUCAACGGGGACCAGGGGGGCGGCUCCGAGGAUGGGCUGGGGGCUGGGGGGCCGACCCCCCGCGCCCUCAGCCCCUCUCCAUGCGCCCCUGGAGCGCGCUGGCCCCGCUGCGCCCGCAAGGCCCAGAUGUUCCCACCCCUGAGAGCCCCCCCGCACCCCCCGGCCCAGUUCCUGCAGACGUACUCCGAGGAGGGCCGGGACCGGGUGCGGAUCCAGCUGGCCCACGGCACCACCACCCUGGCCUUCAAAUUCCAGCACGGGGUCGUCGUGGCUGUUGACUCCCGGGCAUCGGCCGGCAGCUACAUCGCCUCCCUGGAGGCCAACAAGGUGAUCGAGAUCAACCCCUACCUGCUGGGCACCAUGUCGGGCAGCGCCGCCGACUGCCAGUACUGGGAGCGGCUCCUCGCCAAGCACUGCAGGCUGUACCAGCUGCGGAACAAGGAGCGGAUCAGCGUCUCGGCCGCUUCCAAGCUGCUGUCGAACAUGAUGUGCGAGUACCGGGGCAUGGGGCUGUCCAUGGGCAGCAUGAUCUGCGGCUGGGACAAGAAGGGCCCCGGCCUGUACUACGUGGACGAUAAUGGCACCCGUCUCUCCGGCCCCAUGUUCUCCACGGGCUGCGGGAACAGCUACGCCUACGGGGUGAUGGACAGCGGGUACCGGCCCGACCUCAGCGUGGAGGAGGCCUACGACCUGGGGCGCCGCGCCAUCGCCCAGGCCACCCACCGCGACGCCUACUCCGGGGGCGUCGUCAACAUGUAUCACAUGAAGGAGGACGGAUGGAUCAAGGUGGAAAAGACCGACGUCAGCCAAUUGAUCCACGAGUACCUGGCGGCCAGGAAACUGGCCUCCACCAUGCCGCUGCCCCUCACCCUGCGUCUGGGCGGCCCCCUGCUGCUCUGCGACCUGGCCCUGCUGGCCCUGCUGGGCUGGGGCGCCCCCUCGCUGCCCCUCCUGGGGCUGCCGGCCCCCUGGCUGGAGGCUGCUGUGCGUUUCCUGGGGCUCUGGGGGGCCUGGGGGCUGCUGGCCGUGGAUCGGCCCCGCCUGUCCCCCCCCAGGGCCCUGGCUGCCCUGUGCCUGCUGCCCCCCCUGUACCUCACCCUGCGGCGCUGCCUGCCCCUGCCCGACGGGGACAGGGCUGGGGGGCCCGGCGCUGAGGACACGGAGCGGGAGUCCAGGGCCACCCUGCGCCGGCUGGUGGGGCUGUCCCGGCCCGACGUGCCCUUCCUGUCCGGGGCCUUCGUCUUCCUCGCCCUGGCUGUGAUCGGCGAGACCUUCAUCCCCUACUACACGGGGCGCGUCAUCGACAUCCUGGGCAGCGCCUAUGACCCAGAUACCUUCGCCACCGCUAUCGGCCUCAUGUGCCUGGCCUCCUUCGGCAGUUCCCUGGCCGCCGGCUGCCGCGGGGGGCUCUUCAUGUUCACAUUCUCCCGGCUCAACAUCCGCACCCGGUGCCAGCUCUUCUCCUCCCUGGUGCGCCAGGACCUGGCCUUCUUCCAGCAGGUCAAAACAGGGGAGCUGACCUCGCGCCUCUGCACGGAUGCGGCCAUGAUGAGCCGCUCGGUGCCGGCCAACGCCAACAUCUUCCUGCGCAGCCUGGUGAAGGCGCUGGGGCUGUACGGCUUCAUGCUGGGGCUGUCCUGGCGCCUGACGCUGCUCACGCUGCUCGAGACCCCCCUCACCAUGGCCGCCCAGAGCCUCUACGACGCCCGACGCCAGGGUGGGGAGCUCUAUCCGGAGAGCAGUGACCCUGGGAAGGAUUUAGGGGUGAUCGUGGACAAGCAGCUGGCCAUGAGCUCCCUGUGUGAUGCUGUAGCUAAGAGGGCCGUGCUGAAGGCGAUCCAGGACUCCAUGGCGCGCUCCGGUGAGGUCGUGCGCGAGUCGGUCUCCUCCAUCGAGACCGUGCGCAGCUUCGCCACCGAGGAGGAGGAGUCGCGGCGCUACGAGGCGGCGCUGGCCGAGACCCACCGGCUGAAGAACCGCCGCGACCUGGAGAGGGCGCUCUACCUGCUCUUCCGCCGGCUGCUGCAGCUGGCCGUGCAGGUGCUGAUGCUGUACUGCGGGCACCAGCAGAUCCACGCCGGGCUCCUGACCAAGGGCAGCCUGGUCUCCUUCAUCCUCUACCAGGGGGACGUGGGCAGCUAUGUGAAGACCCUGGUGUACAUGUACGGGGACCUGCUGAGCAACGUGGGGGCGGCGGAGAAGGUGUUUGAGUACCUGGACCGGGAGCCGGCCGUGCGCACCGACGGGACACGGGCGCCGGAGUCGCUGCAGGGACACGUCUCCUUCCGCAACGUCUCCUUCUCCUACCCCUCCCGCCCGGACCGCCAGGUCCUACAGGCCGUGUCCUUCGAGCUGCGCCCCGGGGAGGUGACGGCGCUGGUGGGGCUGAACGGCAGCGGGAAGAGCACGUGUGUGGGGCUGCUGGAGCGGUUCUACGAGCCCCAGGCCGGGGAGAUCCUGCUGGACGGGGCCCCCAUCCGGGAGUACGAGCACCGGUACCUGCACCGCCAGGUGGCCCUGGUGGGGCAGGAGCCCGUCCUCUUCUCCGGCUCCAUCCGGGAGAACAUCGCCUACGGGCUGGGGGGCUGCGGGGAGGAGCAGGUCACCAGGGCGGCCAGAGCGGCCCAGGCCUCUGGCUUCAUCGCGGAGCUGGACAGGGGCUUUGAGACAGACGUGGGGGAGAAGGGCGGGCAGCUCUCGGCGGGGCAGAAGCAGCGGAUCGCCAUCGCCCGGGCGCUGAUCCGCCAGCCGGCCGUGCUGAUCCUGGACGAGGCCACCAGCGCGCUGGACGCGGAGAGUGAAUGCGCGAUCCGCCAGUCGGUGCUGAGCCGGGGGCCCCGGACGGUGCUGGUGAUCGCCCACCGCAUGCAGACGGUGGAGAACGCCGACCGGAUCGUGGUGCUGGAGGGCGGGGCCGUGGCCGAGGAGGGGACGCACGCCGAGCUGAUGGGGCGCAAGGGGCCCUACUACAGACUGGUGCAGAGAGACCUGGCCGAGUAACCCCCCCGCCCCGCCCCGGGGAAUAGCCCAGCACCAGCCUGACGGCCCGGCCCCUCCUCCCCCCGGCCCAGGGUGACAUGGACCAUCCUGACAGCGGCUGAUUAGUGUGUGAUGUCGGGUCACUGGCUUAUCGCCUGCGUUGGGGUGUCGGUUCUGCGCAGGGAGUCCCGGGGGGCAGGCGUGUUUGACUGGAUGAGCGCGAGUAGAGUGUUUUGUAAGAUACAUUAAAGAGGCGACACAUCCGACCGGCGUCUAUGACGGGCUCUGGCUGGAAACGCCGUCGCUGGUCCCAUGCCCCAGCCCCGGGCUGCAGCGUUCGCUCGCUGGAACCGUCCGUGGCUGUAACGCCCCACGGAACCAGUCGUGUUUAACGAAGAACGUGGGCUCCCCAUCAGGCUCGUGCUCUGCGACCCGCCCGGAGAGCUGGGAAUUGCGGGUCAGCGCCUGGCUGGGGCUCGGCCUGGGCAGUGCCAGCGCAUGGCUGCGGAGAGCCAGCAGGAGGCGCUCCAGGCUCCGAGCGGGUGGGUCUGUCAGCGCCGGGGCCGGGGUCACUCCGGUUUCUACCCCAGGCUGGCGGAGCAGAGCUGAUCCUGGGGAGGGGCCGCAGGCCGGCAGGGGGUCACUGGGUCACAGACGCUGAAAUGUCAGACAGGCCUGGGGGCCGGGGGGUGAGACAGGCUGUUAACGAUGGCGGCUGUGGGAACAUUGACCAUCACUGAGCUCAAUAAAACUUAACAAAGCGAAUGGAA